CUUUCCCCUCCUGCCCUGGACGGCCCCUUCUUCCCUCCUUCGCGGGGGAGGAGGAUGCUCUCUCUCCCUCUCUGCUCUCCGGGGGAGGAGGCAGAGGAGGCGGAGGCGGGCGGCUUCCCUGGAGGCGUCGGCCGAGGGAGGAAGGGAGGGAGGGAGCAGCAUGCUGGGGCGGGUGCGCUCGGCCCUGGGGCAGCUCCUGGGGGGCCUGGGCGGAGGAGGGGGGCCCCCGGAGCCCUUGGCAGCAGACCCCCCUCCUCUGGCGGCCCCUGGGCCCCUGGCUGCCUCCACUGCCGGAGCCUCCUCUUCUUCUUCCUGCGGCCAGGAGCCCCUGCCUCCCCCUCCUCCUCCUCCUCCUGCUCCGCGUGGAGGGAGCUUCUCCCGGCCGGCCUUCCUGCAGCUGACGGCGGCGGAGCUGCUUCAGGCGGAGGACCGCGCGGGGAGAGCCGUCCAGAGCCCCCGAGAGAGCCGGCGUCGCCUUCCCUGGAGCACCGGCUACGCCGAGGUGAUAAAUGCUGGCAAAAGCCAGCACAAUGAAGACCAAGCUUGCUGUGAAGCUGUGUUUGUGGAAAAGAGACGCAGGCUGAGAACUAACCCAGUUCUCAAGGAAGUUUCUGGAGACCCAGAAGAGGUCAGCAAAGGCCUGUGCUUUUAUUACUGGGGCUUGUUUGAUGGGCAUGCUGGAAGUGGAGCUGCAAUCAUGGCCUCCAAGCUGCUUCACUUUCACAUCCGGGACCAACUCCAGGACUUGGUAGACAUCUUACAAGACCCGUCCGCCCCUCCAAUCUGCCUGCAGGAUGGUUCCAGGACAUUUGUAGCAGAAACAAACAAGGCUCCUCUGGCAGAAGAAUAUGCUGAAGUCCCAAAUAAUGCUUUGCCACGCUUUCAUAUGGAAAAGGUGGUUUCCCAUGAGAGUUUGGUAGUGGGAGCCAUUGAAAAUGCAUUCAAGCAGAUGGACAAUCAGAUUGAGCAGGAACGGGUGUCCCGGCAUACAUCAGGUGGCUGUUGUGCCUUGGCUGUUGUCUAUCUCUUGGGGAAGUUCUAUGUGGCCAAUGCAGGUGAUAGUAGGGCCAUUGUCAUCCGUAAUGGGGAAAUCAUUCCAAUGUCCCAGGAGUUUACUCCAGAGACAGAGAGGCAAAGGCUGCAGUUUUUAGGCUUUUUGAGACCUGAACUACUGGGGAAUGAGUUUACUCAUCUUGAGUUCCCUCGAAGGAUCCAACAGAAGGAACUGGGAAAGAAGAUGUUGUACAGGGACCAAAACAUGAUUGGCUGGGCAUAUAAAAAGAUAGAAGAAGAGGACCUGAAGUUUCCACUUAUAUAUGGAGAGGGUAAAAAGGCUCGAAUGAUGGCAACUAUUGGGGUAACCCGUGGCUUGGGAGAUCAUGAUCUCAAGGUUUACAGCUCCAACAUUCACAUCAAACCUUUCCUAUCCUGCAUCCCAGAGGUCUGCAUAUAUGACCUCACACAGUAUGAACACUGCCCUGAUGAUGUGCUAGUGCUGGGCACUGAUGGCCUCUGGGAUGUCACCAACAAUCAAGAGGUAGCCAAAGUGGUAUUUGAUGUUCUUAUGCGCUACGAGCCCAAUGAUCCCUGCAGGUACACCAUGGUAGCCCAGGAAUUGGUGAUGAGAUCCCGAGGUGUUCUGAAGGACCGCGGCUGGAGGCUGGCCAAUGACAAGCUGGGGUCUGGUGAUGAUAUCUCUGUUUUUGUUAUUCCUCUGGGUGGACCAGGAAACUACACUUGACCCUCUAAUCUCAUGAUACAGGAUUCAUGAUAUUGGAUUGCAAAACAAACACAGGUCAACUGGGGGUUGUCAGUUCCCCUACUACUAGAACAUUUGCACUCCCAGAGUCUUCUGAAGAGGAUUAGAAAACUGUAGUACUGCAGCUUGAGCCCUGCUCUCUCUCCAUCCAAGCUUGCUGUAUCCCGCUGGGCAACAGGAGACACAGCCCUGGAACAUGUGGUUAUUAACAUCAAGGAUAUCAAAGCAAAGCCAUCUCUCUCAGGAAAGAUCCUCGUCAACGCUAAGGACCUAUAGGAAAUCCCAUGCUCCUAGAUUUGCCUUUAUAUAUGUGCUUUUGCCCUCCUUGUCCCACGAAAGGGACUAGGGCAGUGUCAUUUUGUUACACUAGAAUGGGGAAAUUGGGUAAAAAUAUUGAAGCCAGUCUGAUCCACUGCAGCAUAUUGUCAUACAGGAAUACUUCUGUCCCAUGGUUACAAAGAGGCAUUUGCUAGUUGCCAAGGACAACUCAUCCUUCCUGAUCAGAAUAACAGUUGUGCCUACUUGUCUGGAUAUAUUGCCUUGCCCCAGCCAUCAGUCCUUCCUAUAGAUUGCUAAAGUAGCAUCAAGUAAGUGCUGUGGAUGAAUUUAUUACUAAUCGUCAGGCAGCAUGUACAGCUUUCACUCCAAACCACUCCCUGUGUAGUAAGGUGGAUGCUGAAUAAGCAUUUGCUUAUUAUUUAUUUAUUUAUUUAUUUAUUAUGUUUGCAGGGAUUUUUCACAAUGUUGAACAUUGCUGCAAUUUAGUCAGCUGUGCUAUUUUUAUAUACAUAUAAAGCUGCCUCCAAGCAGCAAAGGAAAUAUUUGAGAGAUUUCAGCUAUAUCAAAUAUUACUGGAAACCCACCUUGAGCAAGUGGUGUGCAAAAAUAAAACAUAAAGGAUUAUUGCCUAGUUUAAACAGCUGGUCCUUAAAUCAUAAGAUCUAAAAAUCUAUGCAGAGAGGAAAGGUGACACAUUACAUACAUAGAAGACAGCUACCUCUAAAAAGGCAAAAUUGUAAUACAAUCUAUGUUCUUAGACUGAUUACUUGAUUUCUUCUGUGAAAAGUUACACACUUCUGUAAUUAGAAGCCCAGAGCUCUGAAUUCUCAGUUUGAAAAUGGUGAAAAUGUUCUUCAAAAUAGUGACUGGGUAGGAAAUUGACCCAUUUUCCCCAUAUGUGGAUUUAGUGUUCAACAAGCUGGAGUGUGUGCAUUUUAAAUUUGACCAUUGCAGUAUUUCUUGCAGUGAGCAACUGAUAAGAGGUAGCUUUUAAUAUAUAUAUAUAUAUAUAUAUAUAUAUAUAUAUGCAUGCUUAUUUAAAACUUCUAUAUAAAAUCUAAGCACAGACUGAAGUUCUGCUCUGCAGAAUUUUUGCUCAGGCCAUAAUCUCACAUAAAUUUACUUGGGAUAAAGUCCUGUGUAGCUCAGCAGAAUCUAUUUGUAAGAACAUAUGUAUCAGAUUGCUCUAUUAGUCUACAGUGCUAUGCAUUCUUUGAACUCAAGGGAGCUUCUGAAUAAAUAAGACUGCACUGUUAGACACUACUCUGUUAUGCAAAAGCCAAGCCUGGAAGCUUGGAUUCAUCUGUGAUUCUAUGGUUCUAUGAUCUAUUUGUUUGUAAGGUGCAAAGUUCUUGAUACUUAAAAUACCAAGACUGUGCCUGUUUAGCUGCAGUCAUAAAGUAAAAACUGAGACUCUUGCUGGAAAACACUUUGAUGUGUGUAUAUGAACCUACAUUUAGGAAAUUAUUGAUAUUUAUUAUGCAGAGCCUGCAGCAUGCCCCAGUGCAUCAUGAGCUUCGGAUAUAAAAAAGGAUACUCUGUUAAGGUUAAACAAACAAGAUUUACUUUAUUAUUAUAAAUAAAUUCAUCUAAAACAGAAUAGAAAAAUAUCUAUAUUUGGUAAAAUAUUUCUAGAUCUGACCCCUAUGCAUGUGGGUAAGGGGAUGUACUAAAACAAAUGACAGUACUUGCCCAUAGGGAAACCAUACUUCCUCAUAGGGAAACACUAGAGGAUACUGGCCCAUGGGGAUACAUAGGAGGGAGCCCUGGUGGUGCAGUGGUUAAAUGCCAGUACUGCAGCCACAAGUUUAUGAGUUUGAUCCCAGGGGUUCCAAGG